CUUUAAUAUUGAAGUGAAAGGAAGUAUAGUAAAUAUGGCGUUCAAAUUUGGCUCCACCACGCCGGCAGCGCAACCGUUUUCUACAUCAUCAAUAUUUGCUUCAACAACAACUGCACAAUCUUCGGUGCCCAGUCUUUUUUCAGCGUCCACUGCUGCUCAACCGUCGGCUGCACCAAGUAUCUUUUCAUCAUCAACAACUUCUACAGGACAAACAGCUACCACAAAUUCGUUCACAUUUGGCAUCUCUUCCACUACCCCUUCUGGAUUAAAAGGAUUUCCUACACUUGGAACAGGAACUUCGGCCUUCAAUACCUUGGGAGGAUUCAGUACUACAAGUACUGGUGCCACCAAUGCAUUCGGGACCACUCUUGCAGGAACAUCACUCUUUGGACACACACAGACUCAACAGCAGCAGCAGCAGCAACAGCAAGCAAAUGUUGCCAAUCAACUGGAUAAUCUUGCUAAAGCUGUGAUGAUGCCACAUAUCUUCAAUGAUGAGAGGGAUGCUAUCAUUGCUAAAUGGAACCAGUUGCAGGCUUACUGGGGCACAGGUCGUGCAUAUUUUGAUUCAAAUGGUUUUGUCGAUCUAACAUCAGAAAAUUUGCUUUGUCGUUUUAAGGCAAUCAGUUACAGCUGCAAUCCUCAGACAAAAGAUGAAGAUGGCCUUGUUGGAUUGGUACUGAAAAAACCAUAUAGUGAAGUGUUAAUAAACCAAAAACUUUUUGUCGAUACCGUAUAUCAGAUUCUUGGUGGCAAGCCAUCAUAUUCUGUGUGCGUUAAAGGAGUAAAACCGUGGCCUGAUAACAAGACAGAGAUUGUUAUCUAUAUUGAAGAACGGCAAAUGACUGGCCAAAAACGAUGUUUCCCAACUUCCAAAGUAGUUGAGCAUUUAAAUGAAGUAACAACAAAGAAAAGAUUGUCUGAAAAUCCUCUCAAUGUUGAACACAUCCUUUCAAAACAAGCCCUUACACCUGAACAACUGAAGCAGUAUUUAGAUAAUCCAUUAGCAGGCAUUGAUCCAUUAUUGUGGCAGCAGGCUAAAAAAGACAAUCCAGACCCGGAUAACUUUAUACCAGUCCCUAUUGUUGGAUUUGAUGAACUCCUUCAGCGUCUAAAGCAGCAGGAACAGCAGACUAAAAACCACCAAAAUAGAUUGGAUUUGAUUGCUCAAGAGUUGAAUGAGCUGCAGUUGAAGCACCGUAAUACCGUUGCCAGAAUGGAUGAAGCUAAAAGGAAACACCUUAACUUGGGGCAUCGCCUUCUAAAAGUUAUUGUCAAGCAAGAAGUUUACCGAAAACUAGGUGUAGCCAUGCAAGAUACUGAAGAACAAUUCCGUGCUCAGCUGGAGGCCUUACAGUCAGAACUUAAUCAUCCGACACAGUUCAAGGUGAAUUAUUGUCAAUUAACAUCAAUUAACAUGCAUUUUUUUCUGUUGCUUUUAAUUGGAUUUGAUCCAACUAUUUCUUUCUAA